GAUUUCUCAUAUUAAGUUGCCCUGUUAUUUUUUGCUAUAUAUAUAGAGCAAUAUUAAACGACAAGAUCCAGAAACCAUCCCUGUGAUUUCAAACAACAACUUAUAGCCACCUCAAGCACUAAUAUUUGCUAGACAUGGCAGCAGCUCUUGUGUCAGAGGCUUUUAUUGAUGGUGAAGAGGAAGAGCAAGGAGAAGCCCUACCUUUGCCAAUUGGGUACAGAUUUGUUCCCGGUGACCAUGAGUUGAUUUUGGAGUAUCUGAUGAACAAAAUCAUGGGAUUUCAGCUUCCAACUAAUAUUAUCAAAGACAUUGAUUUCUAUGACUUUGAUCCUCAUGAAUUUCCAACUAGUGAUUUCAAGCACGGAAUGAAGAAGAAUGCAGCAUACUACUUCACCCAAACACAGCAAAAAUACUCAAAAACUGAUCGAAUAAGAAGAACUUCAAGAUAUGGUUACUGGAAGGCUUGUGGUAAGGAGAGGAAAAUUAAUCGUGGCUCUGGAAUUGUUGGAUUCAAGAAAAUAUUUGUUUUCUACUGGAACAACGAAGUAAAUUGGAUUAAAAAUAAGAAAAGCUCUUGGGUCAUGCAUGAGUUCAGAGUUAAUCCUAGCAUUGCUCCAACUGAUCAGGCACUGGAUGACAGCAUCAAGGCCAAGAUGCAACGCUGCGUAAUUUGCAAGAUUGAAAACAAAGACUGGAGCAGAGAAUGGCCAGCAGAGUCAGCUGCAAACGAGCUAAAAAAGCUGAGGAAAGGCCAAGCUUGUAACCUGAAAAUAGACAUUCUCAAUAACUAGGAUCUAUAGUUUUUUUUUUUUCUUUUUUUCACAUAAUCUCUACCCUUUUUCUUCUUUCUUGUUAUUGUUCAUUGUCCUCUAGGA